AGCGAGGAUAUCUGUCUGAAACGGCACGCUCUCUCUUUCUCUGGAACAAAGGAAAGGAAGAAACCCUCUCCUUUUGUUCUGUCCGAAAGGAAUGUGUAAAAUCCAGCGUGGUCCCGAAACGACACCCCUCUGCGCUCAAAACGACUUCAACUCGGCGUUCUCCAGUUGAGGCAUGUUAUUCGCUCACACUACCCACUGUUAGAAGCGUUGACUUUGGGUUUGACGGAAGAAGAAAAUGGAGCAAUCGCUUUUGGAUGACAUAAUCAAUCGCCUCCUCGAAGUUCGUACCCGACCGGGGAAGCAGGUGCAGCUAUCGGAGUCGGAGAUCCGUCAACUCUGCGUAGUUUCCAGAGAGAUUUUCUUGCAACAACCUAAUUUAUUGGAGCUCGAAGCACCUAUUAAGAUUUGUGGUGAUGUACAUGGGCAAUAUUCUGAUCUUUUAAGGCUUUUUGAGUAUGGUGGAUUACCUCCUCAAGCCAACUAUCUGUUUUUGGGGGAUUAUGUGGACCGAGGGAAGCAGAGUUUAGAAACAAUUUGCCUUCUCCUUGCUUAUAAAAUAAAAUAUCCUGAGAACUUUUUCCUGUUAAGGGGAAACCAUGAGUGUGCUUCUAUAAACCGGAUAUAUGGGUUUUAUGAUGAGUGCAAGAGAAGGUUCAAUGUAAGGUUAUGGAAGACCUUUACAGACUGCUUUAAUUGCCUGCCUGUGGCAGCCCUUGUAGAUGAAAAGAUUUUGUGUAUGCAUGGGGGACUUUCUCCUGACUUGCAUAAUUUGGAUCAGAUAAGAAAUCUUCAGCGGCCCACUGAUGUUCCUGAUACAGGUUUGCUUUGUGAUCUCCUUUGGUCUGACCCAAGCAAAGAUGUUCAAGGAUGGGGAAUGAAUGACAGGGGGGUUUCAUAUACAUUUGGUGCUGAUAAGGUCUCAGGGUUUCUUCAGAAACAUGAUCUUGAUCUCAUUUGUCGUGCUCAUCAGGUUGUCGAAGAUGGAUAUGAGUUCUUUGCUAAUCGACAGCUUGUAACAAUAUUUUCAGCACCUAAUUAUUGUGGGGAGUUUGACAAUGCUGGUGCUAUGAUGAGUGUUGAUGAGACACUAAUGUGCUCUUUCCAAAUAUUAAAGCCAUCUGAUAAAAAAACAAAGCUCAAUUUUGGAAGUACAACAACUGCUAAGCCUGGAAACUCUCCAGCAGGUGUAAAGGUAGGAAGAUAACUAUUUGCCAACAAUGCUUGCACGACAUCUGUAGUCCUUCCUGGGUGCAAAAGUGUGAAAUUUGGCAAAAAGGUUGCUGCUACUCUGGGUCAGCUUGGUCUUGAACUCCUAAUGGUUGCGAUUAAGGGAAAGUCGAGUUCCAUUUCGUCUACUAUGAUAUAUGGAAUUUGGAAUUGUAAAAUCAAAGGGAAACGCCAUUAUGAACUAUGUAAACCAUUGUUUUUUAUUGGUACAAAUUUUCAUUUCAAGAUGGAGUCAGUCUCCUUGUCUUCGUUGUACACUAAUAGCUGGUAUAUUUUCAUAACUGUAAGUUUCUCAAGCGUAGAUGCAUCUAUUGCUGAGAACCAUUUAAAAUGCUUAUACGAUUGGCAUAUGGAUGGCAGGUGAGGCUGGUAAAACAAUGUCGUCGAUUCCCCUCGUUUCUCGUUGUUUCUUUAUUUUGUGUGAGAAAUCUUGUUUGAUUUGCGAUC